AUGAAUAAUGUUCGUCGACAAGCUCGAAAUGCAAGAAUUACAACCGAACGGGACCAACCACUAGGCCUCGACCCUCUCUUAAGAUGCAGAAGAUGGGCCGACGAAAGGCUCGAAAAACCUGAUGACGAACGGAGGGAUGUGGAAUCUUUACCAGAGCAGAAUAAUGCACAUGCUUUACCAUCACGCAUAGAGGCCGCUCAUAUGCAUUCGGAUCCUGAAAUUGUUAUGAUCAUAUCUGCUCCGGAGUCUUUAUCCCCUAUACCAACCAUAGAACAGAUUGCAAGGCCACAACCGGCUGGUAAUCUAGAUGCUGAGAAAACCACAAGCUCUAUCGUCGGACAGAAACAUCCUCGACAUCGAUUUCCACAAUCCGCUGCAGAGGCCAAACCCACUUGUGAACUUAACACAGCUAUCGAGCACCAAAGAAGUCACGCACCAUCAUCUGUACAUUUGGUCAAACAAAUAGUAGCAAUUUUCUGCUCAUCAUGGCUAUCAGUCCUUCUUCCAUUUAUUCCAGCAGGAUUUGCUUCAAAUUACACCAAUUCACCACCAAUCCUCAAUUUUAUAUUGAACUUCUUCGCAAUCUUUCCAAGUGCUUCCAUUGUUGAUAUGGCUAUGGAUGAAGUAAUGUUACAUUUUGGAAACACUAUUGGUGUGUUGAUGUAUAUGACUUUUGGGAAUAUCGUGCAGUUGGUCACCUCGAUCCUUCUCCUCAAAACUCGCCAGGUGGAAAUCCUAAAAACUUCACUAGUAGGAGGUAUCCUUAGUAGAGUUUUAUUGAUAAUGGGUGCAAGUUAUUUUGCAGGUGGAAUCAAUCGACUGCAACAGUCCUUCGAUGACACUAAAAAUGUAGCAAAACAAACCAUUAAAGGUGUCGCGGAAGGAACAGUAACCGAAAGUCAACCUUCUCCUCCAUCAAUCGUAUUCUCCAAAAAUGAAGUGUUAGAGCCCCGACUAUCUAUGACAACCGGUAUAAUCACCCUCAUUAUCGGUACCGUCGUUCUCGCCUUCAACACCACUUUUGCAGUCGAUAGUAUUGAUGGUUUAACAGCCGAUCACGCCUCACCCACAUUCAUUGGUUUGAUCCUCCUCCCAUUCCUCGACAACGAUCUCAUGCCAAUAAAAUGUGCGCGUAUGGAUAAAUUAGACUUGAGCAUCAUGGCAUCAGCUGGAAAAUCUCUUCAGACUUCCUUACUCAUUACACCUCUCAUCGUGAUUAUUGCUUGGAUUUGGGGUAUUGAUGAUAUGGGUUUAUUGUUUGAUGGGUUCCAAGUAGCGUCGCUGUUUAUGGCGGUUUUAAUCUUCAAUUUUCUCAUUGCGACGGGAAAGAGUAAUUAG